AUGGAGGACCAUCCGAGGGGCACGAACAACCGGACGCUCGAUGGCUUGAUCGAGCAUGGCUUGCUAGAGCGGGUUUGCGAGAUGCUGCCAGCACUGGAGGUUGGACGUGCGACUUCUGCUUGCAGAAACAUGCAGGCUUUCGCCAAAGAGGUGCUCCCGCUUGUGCUGGCAGCUCGAUAUCGGCCAGGGCUGCGACUUCAAACAGCGUCUGCCAGUGAGGCAGCUACGUUCUUUGACUGGAUGCGGGACACGCAUCAGUGGCACUCCGGGCCCAACACGUCGAAGCCGUUCAACGUCGCCAAACCAGGCUGUGUGGCCGGAGAUGAUGGUGCGUGGAUCUUUCUGGAGGCGGGCACUGACUGGUUGGGGUUCCAGGGCUUGUACUGCAACUUCUCCAGCCCGCGCAAGCCCAGAUGGGUGUCGUUCCGACUCUGCCUGCAAACGCUUGAAUUUUCCUGCGGGUUCUUCGCGCUGUCAGCUGACAGACGAACCUGGGGACUGCAACCGCUGGUUUUCAUCUUCAACUACAGAGGGGAUGACAUGCAAACCGGCAAGCGCUGCUUUGCUUUGCAAACGCAGCCAGUGACCGGCGACCUGCAUGUUCUGCAGCUGGAGAAGGAGCAGAUCCUUGCUGGAGUUCCCUACGAGGUUUCCGUUCACCUGGACUGGGAUUGUGGCCUCCUGGAGCUCUUCAUCGAUGGGGCUUGCGUCCUGAGAGAGAUUCCAUUUCAGGCAGACCUGGAGCCGCGAUACAUUGGUCUGUACAAUUGGAGAAGCCGUGCAGCCUGUGGCUUCUCAGAGCCGGGAACGUAG